AGUGUUUUGGGCGCGAAACAGCGCACAGAGAGUGUGAGGAGAGAUGGAAGUGUCAAGGCUGCCAAUUUCAGCAUCGCAGAGAGGAAAGCUCAUAUCAGCGGGCUACACCACUCUAUCUUCACUUUCUUCGGUCUCCUCUUCAGAUCUCGCCAGAGAUCUACAAAUUUCAGAUGAUGAAGCUCUUGAAAUCCUGAAGGUUGCAUCACAUGGUAGUCGGUUGGAAAGGAUGAACAAAAAUUCUGUAAUUGUCAAUGGUGCGCGGAAUGCAUGGGACAUGCUGCACGAGGAAGAGUUGUUGCCUCACAUCACCACAUCCUGUGCAGAUUUAGAUAAUAUCCUGGGUGGAGGAAUUAAAUGCAAAGAAGUUACUGAAAUUGGUGGAGUACCAGGCAUUGGUAAGACUCAGUUGGGGAUUCAGCUUGCUGUCAAUGUUCAAAUUCCACCUGAUUGUGGUGGCCUAGGAGGAAAGGCUAUAUACAUAGAUACGGAAGGCAGCUUUAUGGUGGAGAGAGUUGUACAAAUUGCUGGAGCAUGCGUAGAGGACAUGUCAGAGUAUAAUAGAUUCUUGCAGAAGGAUUUUCAACCUUCUGGAAUUAAAAUUCAGCCGAAGGAUAUUCUGGAAAAAAUAUAUUAUUUCCGUGUCUGCAGUUACACAGAGCAAAUAGCCGUGAUCAAUUAUCUAGAAAAGUUCAUUUCUGAGCAUAAAGAUGUGAAGAUUGUUAUUGUUGACAGUGUUACUUUCCACUUCCGCCAAGAUUUUGAUGACAUGGCCCUUAGAACUCGUUUACUCAGUGGAAUGGCUUUAAAAUUGAUGAAGCUUGCAAAAAACUUCAGUUUGGCGGUGGUUUUAUUGAAUCAAGUGACCACGAAGUAUACAGAAGGUUCCUUCCAGCUAAGUCUUGCACUAGGUGAUAGCUGGUCACAUUCUUGCACAAAUCGAGUCAUUUUGUACUGGAAUGGUGAUGAACGAUUUGCAUACAUUGACAAGUCACCCUCCCUUCGAUCAACAUCAGCACCAUAUUCUGUGACUAGUAGAGGAAUCCGAAAUUGUGCUACAAACUAUAAACGCGUUAAACUGAUGUGACAGCAAGAAGGCUCAGAUGAGAUGAUAUGCCAUACAGGGUCAAAUAUCAUCCCAAUUUCGAAUUGUAGUUUUGCCUUUGUUUUCUGUGCAAGCAAGUGUGCUGAUAAUUGCACCCACAACCACAUAGGAAGGACUUGGGGAACCAACCUUCUUCCCUGCUCUGCUGAUGCUAUGUGAAGGAUGGUAGGGUAGAAUCUUAAAUC